UAAAAUUUUUUAAAACGAAGAAAAAUAAAAGAGAAAACGAAAAACUGGUUUGUCGCCAAACUGAUGGAGCCCUAAGUCUUUCUCACUUCAGUACCGUUUGCAUUCCAACUCUCAAAUCUUGGCCGUCCGUUCACCGCUCUUCUUACUUCUCUUCCAUUCAGAUACUCGAACUCUCCAAUUUAGCUGUCUCUGCCAUCUUCUGCACAGUGUUGGAGACAUGAGUUUAAAGCAUUUAGUUAGUAGGCGAACAAUUAACACCGUAUCAGGGUUCAAUGCAAGAAUACUGUCUCUGUACCCUAGUUAUGUUUAUAGAGAUUUCUCUACUGUUACAGCCUCUCCCUCUCCAUUCUUUAGCGGCAGAGUUCUUUUGCGAAACCCUAAAUUCUUGAAGCAUGUUUUUUCGUUCAAGAGGUACUUGCAUUCUGUUCAAGAUAUUAAGUUAAAUGAAUUGAGUUUUAAGCCGAAAUUUAAUUGUAAUGAUUCUGAGGAGGAUGGAAACAUGAGUGAGUUCUUGUCACGAUUUGUAUAUGUAAUGCGAGGGAAGUUAUCUGAUGUUUAUCAAGAUUGUGAUAAACAGACAAUUGACAGUAUGCUUUUAAUUAUUGUUGGAAAAGUUGUGUCAGAGAUGGAAAAGGGUAGCCCUGAACAGAUGCUUGGUGCUUCAGGGGCUGCCCCAUCACAGGAUCUUAGUGAGGAUUUGUGGAGAACAGUAUGGGAAGUGAGUAAUUUGGUCUUGGAGGAUAUGGAAAAGGAAAGGAAGAAGGAAAAGAUGAAGGGCUUUUUGCAGUCUGAGGAGGUCAAAGAAAUGUGUAGGUUUGCUGGUGAGAUUGGUAUUAGGGGGGAUAUGCUUAGAGAGCUUAGGUUUAAAUGGGCUCAUGAAAAGAUGGAAGAGAGUGAGUUUUAUGCGAGUUUAGAGAAGCUUAGAGAAGAAGAAAGAACCCAAGAAAAAGAGGAAGCGGAUGCCAAGAAUUAUGAGCCUAUGGGUGAAGAAGCUGUCAUGGGCGAGGAGAAACUAAAGGUGAAAUCUAUUCCUAAAAGACAUGGAAAGAUAAGAUAUAAAAUCUAUGGACUCGAUCUCUCUGAUCCAAAGUGGGUUGAAGUUGCUGAUAAGAUUCAUGAAACAGGCGCAAUCAUUUGGCCUCAGGAACCUAAGCCGAUAAAUGGGAAAAGUAAAUUGGUUACUGAGAAAAUUCUUUCACUGAAAGAGGAGGAUGAUCCUUCUCAGUUGCUUGCUGAAUGGGCAGAGCUUCUACAACCUAACAGGGUUGAUUGGUUGACUUUGCUUGAUAAGUUGAAAGAGAAGAACAUGCAAACAUUCUUUAAGGUAGCUGAACAUUUGUUGAAUGAAAAAUCUUUCCAACCCAACAUUCGUGACUACUCUGUGCUUAUCGAUGCUCAUGCUACGAAGAACCAAAUAGAAGAUGUUGAGAGGAUUCUUGAGAAAAUGAACGAGAAUGGUAUUUUUCCUGAUAUUUCAGCGAGCACUGCUUUGGUGCACAUGUACAGCAAAGCAGGGAAUUUUGACCGGACUAAAGAAGCAUUCGGACGCUUGAGGAGCCAUGGAUUCCAACCGGAUAUCAAGGUCUACAAUUCAAUGAUUAUGGCAUCUGUAAAUGCCGGCCAGCCAAAGUUGGGUGAUUCAUUUGUGAGAGAAAUGGAAGCAAGAGACAUCAAACCUACAGAGGAGAUGUACUUCGCAUUGCUUCGCUCAUUUGCUCAACUUGGUGAUGUUAGUGAAGCUCAUAAAAUUGCAACUGCCAUGCAGUUUGCCGGAUUCCAGCCGAAUUUGGAGUUCUAUACACUGCUUGUUGAAGCACAUGGGCGCGCUGGUCAGCCUGAUCAGGCAAGGAGAAAUUUUGACCAAAUGAUAAAAGUUGGAUUUAGGCCUGACGACAGGGUUGCUGCUAGCUUGAUUGCAGCUUAUGAGAAGAAGAAUUUGUUGGACGAGGCCCUGGACAUCUUAUUGCAGCUUAAGAAGGAUGGGUUUGAGCCAGGGCUGGCUACAUGCACUGUACUUGUUGAUUGGUUGGCUAAAUUACAGUUGGUUGAUGAGGCUGAGCAGCUAUUGGGUAAGAUUGCUGAGCAAGGUGAAGCUCCCCCUUUCAAGAUUCAAGUAAGCCUUUGCGAUAUGUAUGCAAGGGUUGGAAAUGAGAAAAAGGCUCUUCAAGUCCUGGGGGUUUUGGAAGCUAAGAAGGAGCAGUUAGGGUCAAAUGAUUUUGAGAGGGUUAUACAUGGGCUUAUUGCUGGACGUUUUGUGCAGGAAGCUACUAGGGUGCAUGCGCUCAUGGAGGCCCAGGGCUAUUCUGCAUCAGAGCAACUAGUCGUGGCCUUGAGGGCAUCCCAAGCUUUCAGCCCCAAGAGACCAACAAAAUUAUAGUUUGACAAAUCAUAACUUUUGAGCCUGUUCUAUCAGUCUUUCACAAACUUGAAUACUGCUUCGUAGAUGUUGAUGAAGGGGAAAGAGUUCAUCUCUCCAUUGGCUUACCAUCUCAAGCCUCAAAAUUACGCGUUGUUGCGAUUCUUAUGCUCAUGUUGUUACAAGGCAUGAACUCGGAUUUAGUCAUGACACAGUAACCCUAUGUAAUAAUUAAUUGAAAGAGGUAGGUUUUCUUUAA